CUAUUGUUUAUUCGACAUUUGUUCCUGAUGAGUAGUAUUCCUAUUGUUCAAGGCACCGCCGUAGAGCAUAACGGGUCGAAGUAUGGGCAAGCGCCUCCACCACCUUCGUACGCGAGCAACGUUGGAGAGGAUCAGCAGUACUUCAACUAUUCUGCGACGGAAGAAGCGACGCCGGAACGACGUCAGAAUCCGCCCAAGCAGUACCAGGAUGUGGCUUGGGCCCUUCUUUUCGUAGCGCACUUAAUCGCUAUGCUAGUGGUGAUUUCUAUGGGUCUCACUGGAAGUAAUCAGAAUGCGUAUGGAGGGGGAUACGGAGGGACAAUCUUUGUCGUGGUGGGUGUCACUGGACUCUCCUCCUUGAUUUUUUCAUCACUCGCGCUAUCACAAAUGAUGAAGCACACGGAGAUUCUCGUUCAAGUCGCUUUGAUCUUUUCCGUUCUUUGUAGUCUAGCGAUCGGGAUUGUGGGUUUCAUGAUUGGUAGUAUCAUGACUGGAGUAAUUGGUCUGAUUGCCUUUGCCUUUGGCUGCUGCUACGCCAAAAUUGUCUGGCCACGGAUUCCUUUUGCAGCUACGAAUCUAGUGACGGCUUUGUCGGCGGUACGAGCUAAUCUUGGGCUUGCGAUAGCCGCCUACGGGAUGACGGCACUGGCCUUUGUUUGGUCAUUUUUCUGGUUCACUGGUCUCGCGGACGCUUUUGCCGGGAGCAAUUUGGGCAUUAUCUUUUUGCUUUUUCUGAGCUUCUACUGGGUCCAUCAAGUACUUCAAAAUACUAUGCAUGUGAUAACUGCAGGUGUCAUCGGUACCUGGUGGUUUGUUCCGAGCGAAGCUAGUACGUUCUGGAGUAAGGCGCUGACCGAUAGCUUCUUUCGCGCUACCACAUUCUCUUUCGGAUCGAUCUGCUUCGGAAGCUUUAUUGUCGCAGUUGUACAGGCGCUCAGAGCUCUGGAGUACUACGCUAGAGAUCAAAACGACUUCCAGUUCCUCGUAUGUAUUAUCCAGUGCAUUCUGGGAUGUAUUGAAAGUGUUCUGGAGUACUUCAACAAAUGGGCAUAUGUUUAUGUAGGAUUGUAUGGAUUUAGCUACCUGGACGCGGGUCGUAAUGUGGUCCAGCUCUUUCAAAAUAAAGGCUGGACUGCAGUCAUAUCCGACGACCUUUGCGACAAUGUUCUCUUCAUGGUGUCUAUCGCAAUUGGACUGGCUUCCGGACUGAUUGGUUUGAUAAUCGGCUUUACGGACUCUGGUAUGUUCGUUGCUAAUGGAUACGACCAUGCUGGAGGACCGGCAUUCUUGAUUGGUUUCCUGGUUGGCUAUUUAUUUGCCUCUGUCUUACUCAGUAUUGUCAGCUCUGCUGUUAAUACUGUCAUCGUGUGUUACGCGGAAGCACCAGCGGAGUUUCAGAUGAAUCAUCCUAAGCUAAGCUCGGAUAUGCGAGCGGCUUAUUCGCAAGCGUUUCCUGAUAUUCCGCUUUAGAAAAUAUCUUAAUUUUUGAAUCUUAGGUCCGAUCAGCUGUU